ACAUCUUAAAUCUGACCUCAUCCACACGCGCACGCGAACCCGCAACCUCAACCACCGCCGCCCAAACUUCCACCAGCCAGACACACCUGUCGCUGCCCACAAUGUCGUCUCACAACACACCAAAUAUCUACGCAGAACUCCUCACAAACAUCCGCCAGCUCUCCAUCGCAGUGACCCUCCCAUCACCAGCAGGAGGACGAACAAGAGCGCUCAUCGCCGCAGACGGCUCAACGCUGCACAUCCACCACGCAGGCACAGAAACAUACUUCCCGCUACCCGGAAGAGUCCUCGCCCAGGGAGGCGCUCCAACAGCCUUGCCCACACCGCCGCCGUCAGCAUCAUCGCCACCAGCCUCGCACACGCUUUCAUGGCGCCUCCCGCUAGCAGACUCCCCAGCAGCACCGCGCACCGGCACCAGCCUCGCAGAUGACCCCGUCCCCUGGACGGCGCGGGACCUCCUCCCCGGCUCGGCCGUCGCGUGCAGACGCUGCGCCGCGGUCGUCGUGCCCGGCGGUAAGGCGGGGGAGUGGAAGGACCUGCCGAGCGAGAACUGGGCUGAGAUGAUGGACUUUUGGCACUGUCAUAAGCCUAGCACGGAUCACGAGCAUGAGCACGGCGGCGGCGAUGGGCAGGGGCAGGGAAAAGAGGACCACGAGCAUCUGACUAGGCGCGGGUACGGAGCCAACUCGUCCAUUGCCGCGCAGCCUGGCGUCGGCAUGGUGGAUUUGACGUCGUUUCUGUUUUGCGAGGCUGAUUGUGUUGGUCUCAAGUUCUCUCUCCCAUCAUCCGAUGCCGCAACCCCAGCACCCUCCAGCUCAGAAGUCCUAGCUGGAGGAGAAGGCAUCUCUGGUCCUGGCUCUGAUCCCACACCACCUCCCCGGAUGCUCAACAUCGCCUGCUCCGCCUGCGCCUCCCACCUCGGCUUCUUCAACGUAGCCAUCUCCUCCGUCGUCCUGCUGAAAUGGCAAGUGUCAUGCCAGACAACCACAUCACACCCCGCCACGGCGGCGGCAGCGGCAGCGGCAGCGGCAGCACUGCCCACCAGCUCAGACUGUCUAGCCGCAACCCUCAUCGCAACCCUCUCCCGCUCAGGCUCCUCCAAAACAGUCGUCGUCCCCGCCUUCCAAUCCACCCAAAAUCUAGCUUCCUCCGGCGAUGGUGGGGUCGUACCCGCCCUACACCUCUGGAUCCUCAACAGCAACAUCACCUACGCCUCCUCCUCUUCUUCUUCUUCUCACCAACGCACAAAACGCGCAGCCAUCAAACUGCUAUACAAAGAAAUCUCCCAAGACGAGGCGGACACCAUGCUCGAGUCCAUGACGUGCGACGUGCAAGAGGUCAACCUCCCCUUACCGGCCAUCGUCGCCGCGGCAGAGGGAUUGAAGCGUAGCAGUGAGGUUUUGCCUCCCGGUGAGCGAAUGUUCAAGGGGUGGAAUGUAGGGAUGUUGGAUAAAUGGGAGCCAGGCUUCGCAGGAACGGCGAGCCCGUGAUGAUUCGGCGCUGGGGGGGGAGGAGCUGGGAGAGUUUACAGAGUAUUGACCAUCGGACCUUGGAAGUGAGGGUAAAUCGACAUGUGCGAUUCUCACAGUCUAUACCCGCUUCAUUGGCGGGGGGAAAAAGGGGACCGCGGACUUAAAAGGAGUAGCUAGCGAAAGGGGAAGAAAACUGCAAAAGACAGAUGACAUAUCCGAGUACACCUCAUCGUCCUGAGAGCUUGGCCACGAGCGCGCGAAUCGAGAUUAUUAUUAGGUUUCCACACGACAGUUCACUGGUGACUUGCUU